CGCGCUUGCGCAGGACGGCCGGGAGGCAGCCGGGGUCACCCUGAACUGCGGACAGCGGCGAGAUGCUAAGCAGGUUUCUGGGCCCGCGCUACCGCGAGCUGGCCAGAAACUGGAUCCCCACAGCAGGCAUGUGGGGCGCCGUGGGCACGGUAGGGCUGGUGUGGGCCACCGACUGGCGGCUGAUUCUGGACUGGGUACCCUAUAUCAACGGCAAGUUUAAGAAGGACGAUUGACCAGACCCUCCUCAGAUCCCUGGGCCCCAGGAGCCGGGAGCGCCCCCCGUCCUGCUCCCUCCAGGUGUCUCCCGGUGCACUGCGUCCCGUCCGUCCCGUCCUGUCCUCGUGUGCUGUGCCUGGGACCUCGGGAAGCCCACAGCGCGACUUAGGACCCGUGUUUCCAGGAAUGGCUAUCACGUUUGAAUGCACACGGCAUUAAACAGUGCUCUGAAACCCG